ACGGGCCGGCGGACCAGCCAGCCAGCCGCUCGACGGGAAGAUGUGGCUGAAGCCCGAAGAGGUGCUCCUGAAAAACGCCCUCAAGCUGUGGGUGACCCAGAAGACCAGCGGCUACUUCAUUCUGCAGCGCCGGCGGGGACACGGCGACAGCGGCGGCCGCUUUACCGGUCGUCUAGUUGGUGCUCUUGAUGCUGUGCUUGAUUCAAAUGCUCGUGUUGCUCCAUUUCGUAUUUUGCUUCAAGUGCCUGGAUCGCCUACUUACUCUGCCAUAGCAUGUGGUGAGUUAUUGAAUGGAUCAGAAGUUUACUGGGCCAUAGCCAUUGGUGCCACAACAGAGGAGAUAAACCAACACUGGGAGUGGUUGGAACAAAACUUACUCCACACUUUGUCUGUAUUUGAUAAUAAAGAAGAUAUUGUUAGUUUUGUCAGAGGUAAAAUAAAGGCAUUAAUAGCAGAAGAGACCAGCAGUAAGCUCGCAGAACAGGAGGAUGAUCCUGACAAGUUCAGAGAAGCGCUAGUCAAAUUUGAGACCAGAUUUAACUUCCCUGAAGCAGAGAAACUGAUCACCUUCUACUCCUGUUGCUGCUGGAAAGGCAAAGUUCCUCGACAGGGAUGGCUUUACCUGAGCAUCAAUCAUCUCUGUUUCUAUUCUUUCUUUCUGGGCAAGGAAUUAAAACUUAUCAUUCCCUGGGUUGAUGUCCAGAAGUUAGAAAGAACCUCCAAUAUCUUUAUGACUGACAUUAUCCGCAUCACCACUCAAAGUAAAGAACGUGAUUUCUCCAUGUUCCUUAAUAUUGAUGAGGCGUUCAGGAUAAUGGAACAGCUGGCAGAUGUAACUCUUCGCAGGCUACUAGAUAAUGAGAUCUUUGAACUGGAUCCAGGUCUACAGGAUCCUACUCAGAUCACAAAGAGGGAUCUUGAGUCCAGAGCACAGAAUGAAUACUUCAGAGCAUUCUUCAGGCUACCAAAGAAAGAGAAGCUGCAUGAAGUUAUAGAUUGUUCCCUAUGGACUCCUUUUAGCCGCUGUCAUACAGUUGGAAAGAUGUUCACUUCCGACAGCUACAUCUGUUUUGCCAGCAAAGAAGAUGGCUGUUGUAACGUUCUUAUUCCACUUGUAGAAGUGGCUAGUAUCGAGAAGAUGGAGGACACAAGCCUUCUUCCCAAUCCCAUUAUUAUUAGCAUAAAAAGCAAAACAGCCUUUCAGUUCAUUGAGCUGAAGGACAGGGAUACUUUGGUGGAGAAUCUGCUCCUACGACUGAAACAAGUGAAGGCCAGCAACCCAGCACUCCGUAGUACUUUGAAAAGCAAAGAUAUGAGCUGCCUUACAACACAUGCGGACUAUGAAUUUGGGGACUUGGGCAUCGUAGCUUCACAAAGUAGUAACAGGAAUGAAAAUGACAAGAACAGCAAGCACCAGCUGAAUGCAGAAGCAUUGAGUUCAGCAUUUCAUCCUUCUGGAGUGGAUGGCCUAGACUUUAGGAUGUCUAGGGAACAAAUCAAAGAAAGUCUGUGGAAUGAUCAUUUUACUGAGUAUGGCAGAACUGUCUGUAUGUUUCGAACAGAAAAAAUUAGGAAACUGGUUGCUAUGGGAAUUCCAGAGUCUUUACGAGGCAAACUGUGGCUUCUUUUCUCAGAUGCUGCUACAGAUUUGUAUACUCAUCCUGGUUACUAUGAGAACUUAGUGGAGGUAUCCAUGGGCAUGUCUUGCAUAGCAACAGAGGAAAUAGAACGUGACUUGCAUCGGUCAUUACCUGAACACCCAGCCUUCCAAAGUGAAACAGGCAUAGCUGCUUUGAGAAGAGUGUUGACAGCUUAUGCACAUAAAAAUCCCAAAAUUGGGUACUGCCAGUCCAUGAAUAUAUUGACUUCUGUUUUGUUGCUAUAUGCCAAAGAAGAGGAGGCCUUUUGGUUGCUUGUUGCCGUGUGUGAGAGGAUGCUUCCUGACUACUUCAAUCAUCGGGUAAUAGGUGCUCAGGUGGACCAGUCUGUAUUUGAAGAGCUGAUCAAAGAACGCCUUCCAGAACUAGCUGAACAUUUUAAAGACCUUUCCACGUUGGCUUCCAUUUCUCUGUCGUGGUUCCUCACUCUUUUUCUCAGCAUCAUGCCCCUUGAAAGUGCUGUUAACAUUGUCGACUGUUUCUUCUUUGAUGGCAUCAAAGCUAUUUUCCAGUUUGGUUUGGCUAUUCUCGAAGCCAAUGCUGUGGAACUCUGCAGCAGCAAAGAUGACGGGCAUGCCUUGAUGAUUCUUAGCAGGUUUUUGGAUAAUGUUAAGAAUGAGGAAAGCCCCUUGCCGCUGAUUGGGAAUCAGCAUGCUUUUUUCAGUGAUGAUAUGGAACCGUGUCCCACAACAGAAAUAGCGGAUCUAAUUCGAGAUUCUUUUGAGAAAUUUGGAUACCAUUCUGUGGAGCAGAUUGAACACCUGCGCUAUAAACACAGGAUCCGUGUCUUGCAGAGCCAUGAAGAAACAACUAAACAAAAUGUGCUCAGGGUAGUCAUUCCAGAUGUUUCUAUUGCUCCGGAAGACUUAGAAGAAUUGUAUGACUUAUUUAAGAAAGAACAUUUAAUAAGCUGCUACUGGGAAUGGAAUAGUGCAGUUGUAAUUCAGCGGCAUGACCCAAGUAGACCUUAUGCUGAACAGUAUAGAAUUGAUUGCCAGCAAUUCACUAACCUUUAUAAACUUGUCUCACCUUGGACAUGUGGUGAUCACACUGAGAUUCUGGCAGAAAGGACAUUCCGGCUUCUAGAUGAAAAUAUGGAUCACCUCAUUGAAUUCAAAGCCUUUGCUGGCUGCCUAGAUAUUAUGUACAAUGGAGAAAUGAAUGAGAAAAUAAAACUCUUGUACAAGUUGCACAUUCCACCUGCCCUCACAGAAAAUGAUAAAGAUAGUCAGUCACCACUGAAAAAUCCUUUGUUGUCAACAUCAAGGCCACUAGUAAUUGCAAAAGCAAAUGGUGAUGCCAUAGAUUAUCAGAAGCAACUGAAGCAAAUGCUUCGGGAUUUAGCCAAAGAAAAAGAUAACAGGGCUGAAAAAGAACUACCAAAAAUGAGCCAGAGAGAAUUCAUACAGUUCUGCAAAACCUUGUACAGUCUGUUUCAUGAAGACCCAAAGGAGAAUGAUUUGUAUCAAGCCAUUGCUACGGUGACUACUUUGUUACUUCAGAUUGGAGAAGUUGGUCAAAGAAGCAGCAGCUCUGGCUCUGAUGAGUUUACCGAGGACCUGCAGAGCGAGGCAUCUACCUCAGACCAAGAUGUGGUUUUUACUGACACAGUGAAGACCCCAAAGAAUACACCCUUACCAGUAACUGAAGGGGACUGGAAUGUUUCUUUUGAACACAUCUUGGCUUCACUAUUAACUGAACAGUCACUAGUGAACUUCUUUGAAAAUUCCUUAGCACUGAAACCAAAACUGGAGAAUGCCAAGCAGACUCGGUAUAGUUUAAAAACAAAUGGUGUGAGUCAGCUACCACGAGGCGAGACAGAGCAUCAAAGUGUACAUUAGCAAGUGGGUAAGACGAAUCCUAUGUUUCACCAAAGCACGUCUUGCAAUGUUAAGGCUUUUGGACUAUUUUGAUGACCUAAUAAAUAGUUGGAGAGCUUUAAAGCCAAAACACAUUUAAUGGACGUUUUGGCUCCAGUUGUUUUCUUCUUGAAUGCAACUUCCAUCUUCAUUUUGAAGAUGCUGCAUAUAUGUUAAAUUACUCCAUAAAAACAAAAGCCAAAGCAGUUCAACCAUUAUUGAUAACUUUGGCUACCACAGGUUUUAUGAAUGGUUCCCUUUUUUGCACUAUUACUGAAAACUUGUUUCAAUGCUGGUAAUUGAAACUUAAUAUAUUUGACUCCAGAUUUACAGAUCUUGCUUUAAUAUUCAGUGUACAUUGAUGCUGCUUUUCAUCUGUGGGUGUGUGCACUUUUCAAUUAAAACAAUUUUUGGCAACUCUUCCUUUACACGAAGCAUCUUCAAAUGGACUUCAUUGACAAACUCUUUACUCUUGCCAUUGCUGUUCUUGGCCAGGACAUUUUUAUCCUGAAUGUCAGAUUUAGAGCCUCUGUGGUUGCUUGAUCUUUAAAAAAUGAAGGAACAAUGUAUUCA